GAUUGACGCGCGAGUGGCUGAAGAUAACGUUCGUUUCAAUCCUGUGUACUCGCCACUCACGCGAGUUCUCAGAGACUAGGGGGGUCUAAACUCAAGCAAUUUUGGGCACUGGCCAGCGCAAUGUCUCUCAUCGACGCUGCUCGCAAAGCUGAGGACGCAGAAGCAUUCUUGAAGAGCCUUCCGAUAAUAGAUCUGAGCAGCGUCUCGAGUAACGAUCCUGCAGUGCGGAAAGCCCUUAGUUACGCUGUACGAGAUGCGUGCGUGAAUGUCGGGUUCUUCUAUGUGCGGAACCAUGGCAUUCCCGAAGCCACAAUCGAGCACGCUCUAUCAGUCGCAAAAGAAUAUUUCGCUCUACCAGUUGAAGAGAAGCUCAAGCUUGACAUCCGGAACACGCCUAAUUUUAAAGGUUACAAUCCCAUCCUGAGCAGCAACAAUGAUCCAGAAAAUGAUGGGGACCUGCAUGAAGGCUUCGAGUUCAGCUGGGAAGAGCUACAAGCCAAAGCGAAGAACGAGAAGCGAGUUAACGAUGGAGCGAUGGCGGGAGCAAACGUCUGGCCGGAGGAACUGGCCGGUUUUCGUGAAGCAGCGCUCACCUACUAUCAUGCCGCUGUCGAGCUAGGCAAGAAAAUGUUCCCUCUGUUCGCUCUAGCAUUGAAUCUUCCAGAGGACUACUUCGAUGAUAAGACGAAGAACUCUGCCGCCAUCAUGCGUGUCCUGCAUUACCCGCCUCAGACAGGCCCGGUGGACGACCGCGUCAUCGGUAUCGGCGCGCACACUGAUUUUGAGUGUUUCACCAUAUUAUGGCAAGAACCCGGCAUCCAAGCCUUGCAAGUUCUGAACAAGCAGAAGCAGUGGAUAGAUGCGCCGCCCAUCCCCGGUACACUUGUCAUCAACCUCGGCGACCAAUUUGCUCGGUGGACGAAUGAUGUCUUCAAAUCGACCGUGCAUCGUGCGAUAAACCGCAGCGGCGUCCGUCGCUAUUCAAUCCCGCUCUUCUUUGGCACCGAUUAUGAUGUCAAGCUCGAGCCGAUUCCGAGUUGUAUCUCCGAAGACCGGUCACCCAAGUACGAAGUGGUCACCGCCGGGGACUACGUCAAGGAGAGGCUCAAGGCUACUUAUGGUCACUGACGUCGGCGUUGCUCUUCUGUAGGUAUUGGU